CUGAAGGAGGCGUGGCUUAAAAUAGUUUAGGGAGGAGCCUAAUAAUGAAGUUAAAAUAAUCCUUCCUAGAGAAUUUACAGUAAUUAAAGAACCAAGUUGCAGUAAACUUUAGGAAUGCAUUGAGAAUUAACUUGAACUUCACUAAAUUAACCAAGCAAUUUGCUUUUCUGAUUAUAAUCUCACAACAACAAUUACGCCAAAACUCUUCUAAUUUUCCGCAAGGUUCUCAUUAUCUUUCUCACAUUUAUCCACUUUUCUGCACAAUUGCCCAUAGUAAAGUGAAAUCUAAUUGGCUUUGCAUUUUUAAUUGCAAAAAAUGCAGAUAAUUGCAGUAAUGCAAAUUGAGUGUAACCCCUUGAUUUUAGCCAUCAGAGUAAGAGUACGCAGUGGACUCAUCCACGAACUGGGAAGAUUAAGAAGGUAGCUGGAGAGUUGCCAAUGGGCUGGGAGAGGAAGAUCGAGGAGAAAACUGGGAAAGUGAUCUUUAUUGAUCAUAACAACAAGACUACCACUUAUAUUGAUCCCCGAUUGGCUUUUGCUGUCGAGGAAGUUCCUACGAGUGUCAGUGAGAUUAGGCAGCGCUUCGAUGGCUCCAGCACUGCCCUACAGAUCCUCCAUGGACGCGCUCUGUCCGGGAAAUUGGCAAUUGUAACGGGGAGUAAUGUGGGCAUUGGGUAUGAGACAGCCAAAUCCCUGGCCUUCCAUGGAUGCACAGUCAUCAUGGCCAAUCGCAAUGAGAAGUCCACAGAAGAGGCAAUUGCCAAAAUUGCUCAGGAACGUCCCAAUGCUGGGCGUCUUCUGCACUUCCGGCCUCUGGAUCUGUGCAGCUUGGCCUCGUGCGAGAGAUUCGCCAAGAUGAUCAAAGUGCAAUUCCCGCACAUUGACUACCUCAUCCUCAAUGCUGGAGUAAUGGGAAUGCCUCAUACUCUCACAGAGGAUGGUCUGGAGAUUACCUUUCAGGUCAAUCAUCUCUCGCAUUUCCAUCUCACUCUUCUCUUGAGUGAUUUCCUGGAUCAUACAUCCAGGGUUGUUGUCUUGUCUUCGGAAUCCCACAGAUUCGCAAAUCUGAAGCUAGAGGGACUUUCUGAGCAUCAUCUGAGCGUGUCAGAUGCCAAGUACAGCAGCAUGAUGGCAUACAAUAAUUCCAAGCUCUGCAAUGUGCUUUUUGCAAGGGAACUGGGGAAACGCUGGCAGAAUCGGGGCAUCUCAGUGUUUGCCUGUCAUCCAGGAAAUUUGGUUUCCACCAACAUUAGCAGACAUUGGUGGCUUUUCCGGCUUUUCUUUGCCAUCGUGCGGCCUUUCACAAAAUCAUUGCAACAAGCAGCCAGCACCUCGAUAUUUUGCGCUGUGGCUCCCGAAUUGACGGGCCUGACUGGUAUUUACUUUAAUAAUUGCUUCUUCUGUGAGCCCAGCCAGCUUUCGCAGAACGACCAAAUGUCCGAGAAGGUGUGGGAAAUCAGUGAGAAAAUGAUCGAGCGGAUUCUCCAGAAGUAAUUAACAGGCUAACAAUGCAUUUCAGGGUUUCUUUUGUACACUAUCUUUUGAAUGUUGGGAAGGUGAAUAAACAGCUGUUGCAAAAAUUAAA